GGACGCGCCGGGGCCUCCGCGGUCGCUCAGAGCGUGCUACGCCCGUCCGCGCCGUCGGUCAUGGCCGCGCGCUCCGCGGACCCCACGCGCCGCUGCCUGUUGGCUCUGGUGCUGUGCUGCGCCUGGGGGGCACAGGCGGUGGUCGCCACCAAGUCGGGCGCCGGCUGUCCGAGUCGCUGUCUGUGCUUCCGCACCACCGUGCGCUGCAUGCAUCUGCUGCUCGAGGCCGUGCCCGCCGUGGCGCCGCAGACCUCCAUCCUGGACCUUCGGUUUAACAGAAUCACAGAGGUCCAACCUGGGGCAUUCAGGAGGCUGAAGAACUUGAAUACACUGCUUCUCAACAAUAAUCAGAUCAAGAGGAUACCCAGUGGAGCGUUUGAAGACUUGGAAAACUUGAAGUAUCUCUACUUGUACAAGAAUGAGAUCCAGUCAAUUGACAGGCAAGCGUUUAAGGGACUUGCCUCUCUAGAGCAACUAUACCUGCACUUUAACCAGAUAGAAACCCUCGACCCGGAAUCCUUCCAGCACUUACCGAAGCUUGAGAGACUAUUCUUACAUAACAACCGGAUCACACAUUUAGCUCCAGGGACAUUUAAUCACUUGGAAUCUAUGAAGCGGUUGCGGCUGGACUCAAACGCACUCCACUGUGACUGUGAGAUCCUAUGGCUGGCAGACCUGCUGAAGACCUACGCCCAGUCAGGGAACGCGCAGGCAGCGGCCACCUGCGAGUUUCCCAGGCGUAUCCAGGGGCGGUCAGUGGCGACCAUCACCCCAGAAGAGCUGAACUGUGAAAGGCCCCGGAUCACAUCAGAACCCCAGGAUGUAGAUGUCACCUCUGGGAACACCGUGUACUUCACCUGCAGGGCCGAGGGCAACCCCAAACCUGAGAUCAUCUGGCUUCGAAACAAUAACGAGCUGAGCAUGAAGACCGAUUCCCGCCUAAACCUGCUGGAUGAUGGGACCCUGAUGAUCCAGAACACCCAGGAGGCAGACCAGGGUGUUUACCAGUGCAUGGCCAAAAAUGUGGCCGGAGAGGUGAAGACGCACGAGGUGACCCUCAGGUACUUUGGGUCUCCAGCCCGACCCGCUUUUGUAAUCCAGCCGCAGAACACAGAGGUGUUGGUGGGCGAGAGUGUCACCCUGGAGUGUAGUGCCACAGGCCAUCCUCUGCCACAGAUCACCUGGACAAGAGGUGACCGGUCGCCCUUGCCAGUAGACCCUCGGGUGAAUAUCACCCCCUCUGGUGGCCUCUACAUCCAGAACGUCGUCCAGAGCGACAGCGGGGAGUACACCUGCUUUGCGUCCAACAGUGUGGACAGCAUCCACGCUACCGCCUUCAUCAUUGUGCAGGCUCUUCCUCAGUUUACUGUGACUCCGGAGGACAGAGUGGUCAUUGAAGGUCAGACUGUUGAUUUCCAGUGCGAGGCGAAGGGCUACCCCCAGCCAGUCAUCGCGUGGACCAAGGGAGGAAGCCAGCUCUCGGUGGACAGACGGCACCUGGUGUUGUCCUCGGGUACACUCAGGAUCUCUGGGGUGGCCUUGCACGAUCAGGGCCAGUACGAGUGUCAGGCGGUCAACAUCAUUGGCUCCCAGAAGGUUGUGGCCCACCUGACGGUGCAGCCCAGAGUCACCCCAGUGUUCGCCAGCACUCCCAGCGACCUGACAGUAGAGGUGGGCACCAAUGUGCAGCUCCCAUGCAGUUCCCAGGGGGAGCCCGAGCCAGCGAUCACCUGGAACAAGGAUGGGGUUCAGGUGACGGAAAGUGGUAAAUUUCACAUCAGCCCCGAAGGAUUCUUGACCAUCAACGAUGUUGGACCUGCAGACGCCGGUCGUUACGAGUGUGCGGCCCGGAACACGAUUGGGUACGCCUCGGUUAGCAUGGUGCUCAGUGUGAGCGUUCCUGACGUCAGUCGAAAUGGGGAUCCAUUUGUUGCCACCUCCAUCGUGGAAGCCAUUGCAACUGUUGACCGAGCCAUAAACUCCACCCGGACUCACCUGUUCGACAGCCGUCCCCGUUCUCCAAAUGACCUGCUGGCCCUGUUCCGCUAUCCGAGGGACCCAUACACGGUGGGACAAGCCCGGGCAGGAGAGAUAUUUGAGCGGACCCUGCAGCUCAUCCAGGAUCACGUGCAGCAUGGCCUGAUGGUCGACUUAAACGGAACAAGUUACCACUACAACGACCUGGUGUCGCCACAGUACCUGAGCCUCAUUGCCAACCUGUCGGGCUGCACCGCCCACCGGCGUGUGAACAACUGCUCCGACAUGUGCUUCCAUCAGAAGUACAGGACGCACGAUGGCACCUGCAACAACCUGCAGCACCCCAUGUGGGGCGCCUCGCUUACUGCCUUCGAGCGCCUGCUCAAGGCCGUGUAUGAGAACGGCUUCAACACGCCCCGGGGCAUCAACCCGCAGCGGCAGUACAACGGGCACAUGCUCCCCAUGCCACGCUUGGUGUCCACCACGCUCAUUGGGACGGAGGUGGUCACCCCCGAUGAGCAGUUCACACACAUGCUGAUGCAGUGGGGUCAGUUUCUGGACCACGACCUGGACUCCACGGUGGUGGCCCUGAGCCAGGCCCGCUUCUCCGACGGGCAGCACUGCAGCACCGUGUGCAGCAGCGACCCCCCCUGCUUCUCCGUCAUGAUCCCCCCCAACGACCCGCGUGUGCGGAGCGGGGCCCGCUGCAUGUUCUUUGUGCGCUCCAGCCCUGUGUGUGGCAGUGGCAUGACUUCCCUGCUCAUGAACUCCGUGUACCCGCGGGAGCAGAUCAACCAGCUCACCUCCUACAUCGAUGCGUCCAACGUGUACGGCAGCACGGACCACGAGGCUCACAGCAUCCGGGACCUGGCCAGCCACCGGGGCCUGCUGCGCCAGGGCAUCGUGCAGAGGUCCGGGAAGCCACUGCUGCCCUUUGCCACGGGCCCCCCGACUGAGUGCAUGCGGGAUGAGAAUGAGAGCCCCAUCCCCUGCUUCCUGGCCGGGGACCACCGGGCCAACGAGCAGCUGGGCCUGACCAGUAUGCACACACUGUGGUUCCGGGAGCACAACCGGGUGGCGGCCGAGCUGCUCAAGCUGAACCCGCACUGGGAUGGGGACACCAUCUACUACGAGACCCGGAAGAUCGUGGGGGCCGAGAUCCAGCACAUCACCUACCGCCACUGGCUGCCAAAGGUGCUGGGGGAGGUGGGCAUGAAGAUGUUGGGGGAGUACCGGGGCUACGACCCCAGCGUCAACGCCGGCAUCUUCAACGCCUUCGCCACCGCGGCCUUCAGGUUCGGGCACACGCUGGUCAACCCUCUGCUCUACCGGCUGGACGAGAACUUCGAGCCCAUCGCUCAGGGCCACGUUCCCUUGCACAAAGCCUUCUUCUCACCCUUCCGGAUCGUGAACGAGGGGGGCAUCGACCCGCUUCUCAGGGGGCUGUUCGGUGUGGCAGGGAAGAUGCGGGUGCCCACCCAGCUGCUGAACACGGAGCUCACGGAGCGGCUAUUCUCCAUGGCACACACGGUGGCCCUUGACCUGGCCGCCAUCAACAUCCAGAGAGGCCGGGAUCACGGCAUUCCUCCGUACCUUGACUACAGGGUCUACUGCAACCUGUCCGCUGCUCAUACCUUUGAGGAUCUGAAAAAUGAGAUCAAGAGCCCUGAGAUCCGGGAGAAGCUGAAAAGGCUCUAUGGCUCAACACUGAACAUCGAUCUGUUCCCAGCCCUCAUGGUGGAAGACCUGGUUCCGGGCAGCCGUCUAGGGCCCACCCUGAUGUGCCUGCUUAGCACACAGUUCCGGCGCCUACGUGAUGGGGACAGGUUGUGGUAUGAAAACCCGGGGGUGUUCUCCCCUGCCCAGCUGACGCAGAUCAAACAGACGUCCCUGGCCAGGAUCCUGUGUGACAACUCAGACAACAUCACCCGCGUGCAAGGGGACGUGUUCAAGGUGGCGGAGUUCCCUCAUGGCUACGGCAGCUGCGAAGAUGUCCCCAGGGUGGACCUGCGGGUGUGGCAGGAUUGCUGCGAGGACUGCAGGACCCGGGGACAGUUCAACGCAUUUUCCUAUCAUUUCCGGGGCAAACGGUCUCUGGAAUUCAGUUACCAGGAAGAUGAGCCCACCAAGAGAGCUGGGCCACAGGUGGCACUGGGUGUAAAACACAGUAAACGGCUCAGUAACUCCACGUCGGCCUCCUAUGAGCACUCAGAAGGGCCAGCGACAAACGACUUCAAGGAAUUUGUCCUGGAAAUGCAAAAGACUAUCACAGACCUCAGAAGACAGAUAAACACACUGGAGUCUCGGCUCAGCGCCACAGAAUGUGUGGAUGGCAACGGUGAGUCUCACGCCAACAACACAAAGUGGAACAAAGACGCGUGCACCGUUUGUGAGUGCAGAGAUGGGCAGGUCACCUGCUUCGUGGAAGCUUGCCAGCCUGCAGCGUGCCCUGCGCCUGUGACAUUUGAAGGAACAUGCUGUCCAGUCUGCGUAAAGACAACCACGGAGGGACAGCCUUAGUCUUUCCCAGCAGAGCUCCUUGGACUUGGUUGAGAUCAGACAGCAACACAGGGAGCUGCAGACCACAGGAAAAAUCUGGACCCCAGACAUUUCAGGACCUCAGCUGUGCCAUCACCCCUGCGGCACAGGCUGCUUUGGACCCCAUGUUUGGAGAAGGAGUCAGAGCAGACAGGAAGGGGUGUGGACGCUGGUCCUCACUUCAUGUUAGUCUUCUCAGGUUUUUAUUUAAUUCUUUUAAAAUGGAAAAUUGGUGCUACUAUUAAAUCGCACAGUUAAAUCAUUUAGGCUCCUAAACUGAUUCUGCCUACUAAUACUUUUUAAGUAAGGCAGGAUCCCUCUGAAGUCCACUCCGCCUGGUUCUGACACCAGGUGUGACCUGUGGGUGACAGCGUGUCAGGAGGCCAUGAGAAGGAGGCUUUCAAUCUGGGUGACAUCACAGGCUACAUUUAAAAGGAAAAUCUACGUUUGGCAAAGGGUAUAGUCUUAACAGACGCUCGGGCUCCUGCUCCGUCCUUCCUGUUUGGGCUCUGACGUUUCUCAGCCGAGUAGCAUCUAACCAUGAAACGAAGCAGUCCUGUGUCCUGUGACUGUCCUGACCUCUUCCACACAGUUGUCACAUUAUUAAUUCACAUUUAGAAAUGGACUUGUUUCCACUUACAGUGUGCGCACUUACUGCCUUGCUGUGAACCAGAUGUGAAACCCUUUGGUCCCAUGUCAUGUGUUAGAUCUCAUGAACGGCCCCUGCACUGGCAGGAUGGUCGGAGGCAGCCUUGUCCGUGCUCCUGAGCUCCUGACCGCCCAACAGAGUAAGACCCACUCUCCAGGUCCUUAUGUUGGGUGACCGGCCACAGGUGGGCAGGACUUGAAUGUGGGUAACUCUAACUUCACAUUGUGUGAAUGCAAAAAAACCAAAUCCGUAUACCUCAUGUGUACUUUUAAAAAUGCAUGAUUUUCUAUAAAAAUUUGCCCAUUUGUGUUAGGUAUGGCAGAAAAAUCAUUUUCCACUAUGCAAAAGUAUUUUUUUAGAAUUCAGUGAAAAGCAACUAUCAUACCUCAUGGUCUCUCUUUUUUAAUUGACCAGAACCUUCCAUUGUGUUCUCAAGACAAAGCAGUCUCUGUUCUGAGGACUGUUUCCCCUGAACAAGCAAGUUUCACUCAACAUACGUUUAGUAGCUGGGUGCCCAUACAGGGCACUGGGGCCUGAUGGGGAAUGCCGAGGACCGGGAGUCAGCAGCAGGUGGCAGAAGUGCCAGGAGGUUAUCAUGAUAGUGAGAACAUUGUCAGAGAUGGGGAGAAGCCAGGUUCCUUGCAGUACUUGUCACAUAACAGGCACUGAGAGUCUGGCAUGAUGUAUCAGCCAUUUCCCAGUGUGUAUCUUUCCCACAGAGACCUGAGUGCGGUGCCAAGGGCAUCCCAACCGUGGGAUUGUUCACAGUGGACUCGUGGCUGUCUUUCCUCAGCCUCACGUUGCUAAGUGACAAGUUGAAGCUGCCUGGUGUCUCCUAGGCUUGGCGCUUCUUUUGAAAUGGUCACCUACAGUGAUUGUGUAAGGUGGGAAUGGUUGUGUGAUUGCUCAGGUAUAGAAGUGACAACUGGGUCACCGACAGCAGCAUUUCACUGUCCCAUGAGCCUCGGAGGGUGCACACAGGUGCGGCUCGUGGCUGGGCAGGUGCACAGGGAUUCCAUUCUCUAAACCGAUGGAGGGGAAGCUGACUGCGAUUGACAUUAAAUUCUGAGAUUCAAACUGAAAUGUCUGCAGAAUCACCAGUUUGAUAUUCUGACUUCAUUGCUAAGACACAGUGGGGACAGCGCCCGUGUGGACUCUGAGCGGUGAGUGUGAGGGCAUUGCUGUAAGAGGAAGCAGAGUGUAUAUAUUUAUUUACUUUCUAACUGUGGCCAACAGCCAAUGCCGUUUUUCUGUUCGUUGUAUUCAGUACAUUACCAAAGAGAUGUUUGCACUUUGUAGUGAUCUCCUUCAGUUCAAAUAAAGGGCCACGUUGUCAAGUGGAGAGUGCUUGCUUUCUUUACCUAAGAAUGACAAAUCGGGCCGCAGUUGUGCACCAGGUGACAUAGAUACUGGAUGAAGAAAGUGGGACCUAGACAGAGGCCCAGGAGCUGCACUUGACACUGAGUAUCCUAUACAGAAAAUGGGAGAAGGAAAAGUAGAAAGGAAUGAGUUAAAACGGACUCUGGCUUUUGAGGGAGCGAGAACUCAUUAGCCAGACUGACAUUGCUUCUUAUAAACCUUAAGCAGGUGGGAGGUGAGCUCCUGGGAAAAGUUUCCUGAAGUUUUUGUGUGGACAAAGCCAUUCAUUUGUCAGAGAGGAAAAGUGUGGUGUGGUGUCAUCUUGUGGGAUCAGUGAUGUGUGGGCACCUUCCCAGUGCAGAGGCGGGAAGGGUGUCACGAGGUUCCCAUGUACCUGCACUGGUGUGUGGCUCAGCUGCCAGACCUAGGUGACCACAUAGCACCUUUGCAUUCCCCGUGCUGGGUGGGAGGGAAUGCC